UAAGAUUUGUCUGAAAUUUCAUGUUGUUUUGCAGGACAAUUUUCUAUUCUCUGGACAAAAGAUAAAAAGGAUGGCUGGAUUUAUCCAACAUGUUCUUCUGAGCCUGUCAAUUCAAGGGUAUCUUCUCUGCAGCUGCAGUGCUUGGCAGGUAAAACUGCCAAGUAAUAUCAAAGGUUUGAAGGGCUCCUGCCUUGUCAUCCCAUGCACUUACGAUUACUAUCAGUAUCCACCGCCAAACCCAAGCCGUGUGGUCUGGUACCAGUAUGUGAGCCGCGGUUAUCCUUUGGUUUUUGACAGCUGGUAUCCAGGCAGUGUCAUUUCAAAAUUUAGGGGGAAAACCCGUAGAGUUGAAUAUGGUAAAGUGUGUAGUCUGGAAAUCUAUCCACUGACCUGGCAUCACCACAGACAGAGGAUCUACCCUUGGGUAGAUCCAGAGAAUGUCGGGAGGAGCACCUACGCAUUCUAUGAUACCACUGUAACAAUUGAAGUACUGGACAGUGCAGAAAAGCCAGUGGUUCAGAUCUUUGGAGAGCUGACGGUGGGGCAGGAAGUGACGGUCCAUUGCACUGUGGAGCACACAUGUCCCACUUAUCCACCCACUCUGACUCUCAGCAUCCCCGCACGAGGGCGCAGGCUGACUGAUGUCUCACUGUCUGAUGGCACACACAGAACAACCCUGAUCAACAGAAUGGUUAUAGAGAAAGACCAAGAACUUUUAUGGUGCUUUGUCCGGCACACUGGCGGACACACUGCCAGGACUUACGUAAGCUUAAGUGCACAAUGUUCUUUUUCACCGCUGACUAUCAGCCCCCAGUCAGAGGAGUUUCUAGAGGGAAAUGCGAGGGAGGUAAGCUGCUCUGUCUUCUAUUCCUGCCCUCAACAUUUGCCAACUCUCAGUUGGAACUAUGGCAAAGUGCAACCCCCCACUGAAAACCAAAAAAUCAGUACUGGCCAGUGGAAGAGUGUGUCUAGACUGACAUUCACAGCAGCAGCUCAGGACCAUGGAAAACCUCUAACAUGCUAUGCAAAGUUCACCGGAGGACGCACACAGGAGAUGAGCAUCACUCUACAGGUCAAGAGGGCUAUGAUGUCUCGCGGUUGGUCCUUCACCACUCCGAGCAGCAUCACAGGCAUGAGAGGCUCCUGUGUCGUCAUACCUUGUAGCUUCGCCUACAGUACCUCGCAGCCUCCUGACCUCAGAGUGAUAUGGUAUUUGUACCAGAGCCAGGGACAUCCAUCUGUAUAUGACAAUGGACAGAGCACCAUCGACAGGUUUAGAAGAGGAACCAGUGUGAUUGGAUCUGUGAAAGAGAGGAAUUGUAGUCUUCACAUUGACAGGCUGGAGAUGCUCCACAACCAGGACAGAGUCUACCCAUGGGUAGAUAAGAACCCCAUUACCUCCUACCAUGCCUUCCAUCAGAGCUUUUUUGAUAAAACCACUCUACUUGUUGUCUCUGACCACGCACAGCAACCUCAGGUGAGCAUUAUCAGCAUCCCCAGGGUGGGAGAGCGGAGCAGCGUGUCCUGCAGAGUCCGCAAUACAUGUCCAUUUGCUCCCCCGACCCUCACCCUAGAUGGUAUACAUGGAGAUGACCAAACCUCACACACCCCAUUGUCUGAUGGUAUAUGGGAGACGACACUAGAGCGGACCUGGGACGUCCAAGAGGAGGAUGACAGUGUGAUAUGCACAGUCAGCUACCGUGGUGGUCAAACAGCCACAACCAACGUUAAACUUAAUGUUGAAUGUCCGUUUGAGGAAAUCAAGAUGGAUGAGGAGCCAGGAGAGUUAACAGAGGGUGUGGCAAAGAGUGUCAUUUGUUCCGUCUCCUACAAGUGCAAAAGAAACACACCGGCCAUCACCUGGAACUGCAAAGACAUGCAGAGUACAAUUCGCACCACAAAGGUUUCCAAAGAUAGCUACACCACCAUAUCUAAUCUAACCUUUAUUGGCUCCCUCGAGGACCAUGGAAAAUUUUUGAAUUGCACCGCCCUGUUUAUUCAUGGGCAGACCACAGCCUCUGCACUCCUACACGUAAAAAAGUACGAGAAACCAAUCAAAGAAAUAGUUCUGCCUAAAGAUGACACCAUCCAUGUUCUGGCUGCUGACGUCCCAUCCAGAGUGGACGCCCUGACCCGCUCCUGUGUGGUGAUCCCCUGCAGCUUUCAGGAGGAGCACGAACCUCUCACAGACCUGCGGGGCAUCUGGUACAACAGAGAUGGUGACAAUGUGUACCACAACGGCCAGAGCCAAGUGUACGACCAUUUCAAGGGUCGCACCAGAAUAUUAGGAGAUUUGGACCGGCAGAACUGCUCGCUGGAGAUUGAUGACAUCAAGCCCUUUGACAACGGGCCCUUCUGUUUCCGUGCAGAGAGGGGAAAUACAAAAUACAGAUUCAACAACAGCUGCGUGUUUAUUGUUAUGAGAGCUUCCCCAGAAAAGCCAGUGAUGACCCCAGUUCCAGCGGAGGUUGACGCUGGUUCAGCUGUUAACGUGACGUGUUCUGUGACACACACAUGUUCCUCACACCCCCCGGAGUUCUCGUGGAGUGUCCAGACCCUGACCACUGAGGUCAAGCACACCAGGACAGAACGGGGCACCUGGGAGACCUCGUCCACCGUAACCUUUGAGGCCACAGGAGGAGACGGGGUCAAAAACCUCACUUGCACCGCCCAGUUCUGGCGUGGGAAGAUGCAAACCAGAACAGUCAAGCUCAGUGUGAAGGGAACGCUGAUGUUCCAGUUUAAACGCUCUCUGCCAAUGGCUGUUCCUGUUGCCCUGUUAAUACUCAUUCUAGCCACAGUGGUUGGAGUGGCAGUAUGGAGGAAAAGGGGGCGCUCUCACAACUCUCUCACACCACCGCCUCGACCAGAGAAAAGGAGGUCACUGUGGGAUAGACUAUCCAGGAGAUUCCCAGAUGACAGGCAGAAGCCUUCCAGGCCUGAAAAAAGCAGAGGCGCAGUGGAGGGACGAGCAAACUGGCAAAAAGAAACACCAGCCAACAGGAGGUCAUUCUGGAACAGAUUUUCAAGACAUCAAGGCAACACUGCUGCCCCCACUGUUAGCUACCUAAACAACACCACAACUGCAAACUGCGGCACUCAGAUGUCCAAGCCACGCUUUCCAUCCCCUAAGGAAAAUCGGCGAUCACCCAAAGGUGGCAGCACAGAGGAUUACAAUAUUUAUGCCAACUUUUGAGUCCUUCAAGACAUCAUGGACACAUAAAGCAAUUCCAGGCUGAUAUCACAUUGUGUGUGUGUAUAUGUG